UUCACUCUUCCUGUUUUUCGGUUCUUGUUUUUUUUUCUUCUGUUUCGGUGGCUAAAGAACGAGAGCGAGAGAGAACGGAGGCCAAAACCAAACUCGUUCUUGAUCUGUACGUCAUCACCUUUUCUUUUCUUCUCUUCUUGUUUUCUGGAUUUCGAUUUCGUUUUCGUAUUCUUCGGUAAAAGGAUUUUGUUUUGGUUUUGAGAGAUUUAAAAAAAAAAUACAAGAGUGUUGAAGAUUAUCAUAAUAUAUAUACUGAGAGGAGUUUUUGGCGAUGGUACGGACAUCAUCGGGACGCAGGCUAAGCUGGUCGAGGUCUUUCAGCUUUCGAAAGAUGUUCGAUGCUCGAAACAACGGCAGUUCGUCCUUCUCUUCCCGCACAAAUCCUAGAAACCCUAGCGGAAAUGGAUCGGAUCAUACCGUUAACGUCCCCCCAUCGGACCCAAACCCUAACGGAAAGCAGCGUCUUACGUCUGACAUGGAAACGAUGAAGGAGAAGUUUGCAAGAUUGCUGUUGGGGGAAGAUAUGUCUGGCGGGGUCAAGGGCGUGUCCUCGGCUUUGGCUUUAUCCAACGCCAUCACCGAUCUCGCCGCUUCGGUAUUUGGAGAGCAGAUGAAAUUGCAGCCGAUGUAUCCCGAAACGAAAGCAAGAUGGAAGAAAGAAAUGGACUGGCUAUUGUCUGUGGCUGAUCACAUUGUCCAUUUCGUUCCUUCUAAACAAAUGGCCAAAAAUGGCGGCUUCACAGAGAUCAUGGUGACAAAGCAAAGAGACGAUCUGCAAAUGAACAUUCCAGCGCUCCGCCAGCUCGAUUCAGUGAUUCUUGAGACUCUGGACAACUUCAAGGACCAGAAAGAAUUCUGGUAUGUGCCGAGAGAAACCGAGGAAGCUGAAAACGGUAGAGAGUGGAGGAGAGACGAUGAGAAAUGGUGGGUUCCGGUCGUAAAGGUUCCAGCCAACGGUUUGUCUGAAGAGUCAAGAAGAUGGUUGCAUUACCAGAAGGAUGCCGUCACUCAGGUUCUGAAAGCGGCCAUGGCCAUAAAUUCUCAAGUCAUGUCUGAGAUGAUCAUCCCCGACAGCUACAUCGAGUCUCUUCCCAAGAACGGGAAGACGAGCCUCGGAGAUUUGCUCUACAAGAGCAUAACAGAAGACUACUUCGAUCCAGAGUACUUCCUAUCGUCGCUCGACUUAUCGACCGAGCACAAAGUGGUUGAUCUCAAGAACAGGAUAGAGGCUUCCAUUGUGAUAUGGAAGAGGAAGAUGCACCAGAAAGAGAAAGACGGUAAAUCCUCGUGGGGAUCGACCGUUAGCUUCGAGAAGAGGGAAAUCUUCGAAGAACGAGCCGAAACCAUCUUGGUUUUGCUCAAGCAGCAGUUCCCCGGAACACCUCAGUCCGCUCUCGACGACUCCAAGAUUGAACACAACAAGGACAUAGGACAGGCGAUUCUCGAGAGCUAUUCGAGGGUAUUAGAGAGUUUGGCUUUAAAGAUCAUGUCAAGGAUAGAGGACGUUCUUGAGGCAAAUCUUUUAGCUCAGACAGAUUCCGAAUUAGUGUCUUCAGACAUCGAAGAUCAAUCCAACAAGCCGACGCCGACACAAACUCCGAACUCGAGGAAGCUAUCGGAUUUCAUAGGAUGGAGACUGACAACGUCAGAGACGAAGAGGCACGGCUCAAUGAGCGAAAUCGAAUGCUACAACAAAGUCGAACACGAAAAAUCGGAUCAGUUCAAGUCUCCAAAGGCAGCCCCCAAGAAAUUCUCAUAUCUUGCUAAGCUUGAAAACAUGAGAAGCCCCACAGAAAGACACUGAUAAUGAUCAUACGGGCCGGUAUAAUAGAUAUUAUAGAGCAAGUUAAAGCAGAAGGGCCUCGGUAUUAGUCUCGACUUUAAUUCAGGAUACUCGAUUAUCCCAAAAAAAAAAAAAAGUUAAA